AGUCAUGGCACCAACCAAAUGCAUGAAGCUAAAUAAGAUGGUCCCCUGCAGUACACUCAUACAGAACUGUGUAGCUAGCUAUGAGGUGGCAGUGGAGAAAGACAGUUAUUUACCUGCUCUUGAUAGUGGGAGGGGCUGCACUGUAUCAUUUGAUGCUGCAGCUACAGCUGGACACUGUCUAUGAAGCUGAAGUGGUACCAGUGAGGAAAGAUACAAAGAAGAGAGAGCAUAAGAUUGACAAAGAAGAUAAAGAAGGCAUAGAUGAAAAAAUAGUGUCCAGCUCCUUCCAUUUUCCACAGCCUCACUAUUCUAAGCCUGACAGAAUUAUCUUGAAAUCAGCAUGGGUUCACUCACUCAAGGAUUAUCUCGACAGUGUUCAGGGAAAGCAGAUCUCUCUUGUUACCUCAAGUCGGGAGCACACUGACGUAUUGUUGAACUGGCUCAUUUCUGCAUACCUAAUCGCAAAACCACCAUUGGACAAUAUACUCGUUCUAAGCAUGGACAAAGAGCUACACACUACGCUUGACGUCCAUGGAUUCUCUUCCCUCUAUGUGUCAGCUGAGAUGGUGAUCAGCCCUAGGGCGAACAUAACAAGAGUAUUCUCACAAGUGCACAUUGUUCGACUGUCGGUGAUACGCCUCAUCAAUCAUUUGGGCUUUGACGUGAUCAACUACGACUGUGACGCCAUUCUCCUCAAGAACCCUCAGAGACUGUUUGACUCAAAGAAGGAUGUGGACCUGAUAGGGACCUUUGGGAGAGGCCCGAUCACACUCUACAAGAAGUGGGGGGUCACGCUCAACACAGGGGUCAUGAUGAUCAGGGCCAAUGAACGGAUAGAGUUUCUGUGGGAGACGAUGGCUCGACGUGAGUGGACAACUACGGACGACCAGAACAGCAUCAACCGCGUCCUCGACUCAUUCAACAUCAACUGGGUGGACUUUAAAAAGUCAGAAAACAUUGAGGAUAGAAAAUACGAUAUUCUAGGACUUGUGAAAUUGAACGAGCCAAAAUUCAAGAUGUUUGUGAGUCUGUUUUCUUUUGAGAAGGUAUGUAGACGAACUUGCAGACCCGAGCGAAGACAAGAUUAUUACGUCUGGCACGCACUGGCCAUUGCUGAGAAUAGGACUGUGGCAAACAAGAUGAACCAAGCAAAAAUAGGAGGGGCAUGGUUCCUGAGCCCCCAGUGGGAGGAGCUGACUAUGACACAGCCCACCCUUCAGCAAGAGGAGUGGCUAAUACUAGUAACAGACAAAAGUACCUGUCAAUGGACUAAUUCAUGUGACUAA